AUGCAGGGCUGUGCCCUGUGUAUAUUUGAGCUGGAGAAAAGGCACAGCGUCCUCAGCCAGAAGGGACUCUGUUCAUUACAUAUCUACACCAUCUGUCGUUAUCUGAUGGCCAUGAAUUGUAGUGCACAGGCACUGGAGUACCUUCUGUGGGCAGGCAUCAGUUUUGAGCUCUCCAUUCCACUGAUGACUGCGAAGUAUCUGCCAUGGAUUGUCACACUCUACUGUGCUGUCUGUCACUGUUACUAUGACAACCAGGCUGCAGUGCAGGCGGAGGAAUUUUCCAGGAGAGCCCUCGGAAAAAUCAAUGAGCUAGCACAGCUGGAGGAGCAGAGUGAAGUUCCUGCCACCAGAGAGACUCAGAGAGCUUAUAAAGAGGCGUCUAUCAAGCUGGGUGCCAUGAUGUUCAAGCGGGCAGUGUAUGAGACCAAAAGGAGACCCAAACCAACGUUCAGAGUCAAAGCCAAAAGCACCCUUAAGGACAUGCCUAACGUGCCAUGGCCCCGUACUGCAACAGAGCGUAUGCUAAUGGGACUGUUUGACAACAGUGCAGCACAGUUCUUGGGCAUCUUAGAAGCACUUUGGGACAGCACCAGACACCCACUGCAAACGAGGAUGCCAGAUGAACCAGAGCUGCAGGAAGUCAUCCUGGAACUCCUGUCUGCUGGCAUCAGUAUAUUAUCUGGUGAAAACAAAGUACCCAUCAUGUCUGCAGUGAGGUUCAUUAAGCUGCUAUUUCAGUACAAGGAGCCAGAUACAUUCACUGAACUUGUCAAAGAGAUGCUACAGGUUUUGUCUGGUGUGGAAGGUCAGUCAUUCAGGAAGGCAGAGAUGGAGCUUGCUUUACUCGACAGUUUCAACAGUCUGCUGUGUUCCCAGAGGAGCCGUCCUAAAGAUGACAACGUGAUUGAUGACAGACACAUGUCUUCAUUCUCAAUGAGUGAUGAGUUCAUUUGCCUGGUAGACACCCUGCACAACACUGUUUGUGGCUGCGCUCCUGAGGUACAGCCAGACGAGGACCUGGUUUUGGAUGUUUUUUUAUUUAUCUGGGGUAAAGUAAAGGUGGUGAUGCAAAAGGAUAAGCUGCAAAACCCAGAGUUUACACACUACCUUGAGAAGGUUGAUAAUUACGAUAAGUGGCUGUGGUGUCUAUCUAGGCUGUGUGAGGUGGCCUUUGCCUCUGAUCUGGCAACUGUGGACUGCAUAAUGACAACAGAGAUGAUCCACACACUGGCCAUACUGCUAGAAAGUGCAGCUGAAAGCAGUAAUCAAACACAAUGUCCAGAGUUCAAGUACAGAGAUGCUUCAGAAGAAGAGGGAAAUGAGAACGAUGAAAUAAGUAAGAAGGAAAAAGAAGAAGUGGAAACUAAGGCAGAUUCAGAUAUGAAAGGCUCUCAAGACACUCAGUCCACACGUGUGCCCCUGCUGGCCACAGACCUUCAUCUAGAGCUAGACAUCAUCCACCACAGAGCUUCCCUCAAGUUACUGCAGCUUAAUGCAGUUGCAGAGUCUGAACUGUUGGAUCGGAUCAAGAAGAACAAGGUGUCCAAAGCUCUUUUUCUGGUCCAGAAAGCCUUACUGGUGUACAACAGCAUGGGACCAAAUAAGAGCAGCAAAACCAAGAGUCUGCUAGAGGAGGCUUCCAUCCUGAUAGAGAAAGCAGGAGUAGAGGAGAGGCGACUGCAUAUCUCCACCACCUCUAAGACACCUGCUGAAAAUAAAGACAAAGGACUGAAGGAAGAAGAGGAAAACCCUCCACCUCCCCCCAUCCUACUCUCACGCACUGACCAUUCCUUAACUUUUGCUCCAGCACCUUAUAAUUUGGAGGGACAGGUGUGCUGGUACCAGCUUUGUGGCCGUGCAGCUGAGGGCAUUAACCAGAAAGUCCGCCUUGGAGACUGCAGCCUGUCAGGAACUGGAAAUAUGGUACCAGCAGUAUCUGGUGAGUGUGUACUGAGUGUGGAGGGGCUUGUUCCCAACCAGAAAUAUGUGUUUGCUGUUGCAGCCUACAACAGCCAGGGAAAGCUACUUGGAAACACCAUAGGGGCGACAACAUUCCCACUGCUGGCAUCCAUGCCUGUACCACUGCUCUCCACAUGGGCUCACUUGGCUCAGGCAGCAUUUCAAACAGAACAGUAUGCCUUAGCAAAGAGAGCCUGCAGGGAACUGUGGAGCCAUUAUACCUUCCCUGACCCUGAGUCCCACAGUACACAGGAUAGACUUGCUACCACAAGGCUGCAUAAACAGACCGUACAAAGCUCCUCUUCUCACCUGUGUCAGUUGUUCCUCACUUCCAUCUUCAUUGAGACAGAGAUCAAUAUUCAGCAGGGAUCGCUCUACUGUAACUCAUUCAGUGACAAUGGGCCAUUUAUCUCGGAACAGGAAGCCAGGCUGGCAGAAUGUGAGCGAAUGCUGGUGGCUAUGGACUUGGCAAUGUACUUAAAUGAUGGCAUGGCUGCCGUGCAAGCUGUAGUAAGCUGUUAUGGCCUUUUGGCACCUCUAAUCUUUCAUCAGAUCCAAUGCAACCCUGUGGUACAGACAUUACGUGCGCUGAGGGAGCAUGAGAUGGCUUUUGCAGUUAUGGACUGUGGUCGCAGGCUGCUCCAGGAGGUCUAUGAUGCCCAGUGGCAAAUCAUGAGACUUGCCAAUGAGGCUGUGGGUACACAUCAUGCUGCAGUCAAGGGUGAAAUAAGUCUUCAGCUGAAGGCACUGUAUGCGAAGAACAAGAAGAGAAUCACAUCUGAAGCAGCGGUAACCGCAGACAAUGAGAUUUUGCGCUCACUGACUGGCAGUGAGGAUCCCACCAUAUUGUAUGAGCUGAUCUCCAGCAGCACAUUAAAGGAUGCCUAUCAAGAUGUGAUGAAGGUUAGACGCAAAGCAUAUUUCACUGAGUAUGCGGCAGUACUACUCCAGAGAACCAUGGAAGAAGGUCACCACAACCUUGUAUUAAAGUGGGGCCAAAGCAUAUUUGAAUUCCUUUCCAGGGAGAUACAGGUUGUGGAGAACCUGAUAACCAUGAUGUCGUCUGUGGUGCAACGCCACAAGAAGCAGCUUCAGCUGAGGAACAUGUGCUGUGAGGAGAGAGUGUGGAAGUCACAUCUUAACUACAUCAUGGCUCAGGCACAUAUAGCACUGCUUUACCAGGGCCUGGACCAGAUACAUGGAGGAGCCCUGCAGCACAGGUACAGCCAGUUUAAUCCCUUGUGUUUCUCUCUGGCCUAUUCUGGUGUCCUGGUACGGAGGAACUCGCAGCGACAGAAGUCUUCUAAAUAUGAGGUUGUCUCGGAGAGAGACUCCUCUCACUCUGGUCAUAGGAAUUACGUGGCUACACACAAAGACAGGCUCAAAAAGGAGGAUGUUAGGGCUGAUGACUCUGUCUCAGAGGAGAGUUGUGAGGAGGGAGAGGACCCCUCACAAUCUGUGGAACAGCAGAUUGAGACACACAGGCACACUGCUGCCAUGCUGCUUGACUCGCUUAACAAAGCUGCUUUACAUCUCAGAAAGGCCAUGGUGUUGGCCCAUCGUGGCAGCCAUUGGACCACUCUGCAGUGUGUGUGUCAGACUGUGUGGGACCAAAGCUGUAGAAUUGCUUUCAUAGUACAAACAGCUGUUCAGUUUGAACCUCACUCCCCCAUGACAACAGAACAGCUGCACACCACCUUCACUCGGCUCCUGGUGCUGGCUACUGACCUAAUCAUGGAUAUGCUGAACAGACUAGGGUUGUGGAGUUUGUAUGACAGCGACAUGACUGAGGAGGAACUGGAGUCCAGUCUUCACUUCUCGGCCCCUCUGGAUGACAGCACCCAGGUGGACCUGCGUUGGGUUCGGACCUUGGUGUUGCACACUCUGGAGCGGCUCCAUGAUAGUGGCAAAUGGGAAAGCCUGGCCCACUUUGCCUUACUUUUCAACUCAUACACACGGGAACGUUAUGCCUUGAUUACAACUCCUCUACUCAUCCAUGCUCAGAGGAGGCUGCUUGAAAGGAUUAGUAGUUUUGGAGGACCUGCAGUUCCACAGCCACACCAUAUCAAGACACAGAAGGCCACUGGCAAAGAGGUAACUUACAGGAGCUACGCAGGCUGCCAGCUGCUCAGUGCAGAAAUACAGCACUCCAUGUCCCUUGUGUGCGUUCCUCUGGAUGUAGAAGACACACUGAGCUGUUACCAACAAGCUCUUGAGAGAAGACCGCAUUGUCUUCAAGUCUUCCAGCAUAGUCGCUCAUUACUGUUACUGCUACUGGCAUACACACAGCCCUGUGAGUUCAGUCUCAGCCAUUCUGCAAGCCUGGUGGAUUUCAGCCCCAUAGUUAUGCCCACUCCAAACAUCCAACCAUGCGACCUGACGGAGGAGGACUACAGUACUCAAAAUGCUCUCUACAGCCUCCCUAUCAGCACCGACCACAUGCCGACUGUCACUGCUGCAUACUCCAACUCCAUUAAGUAUCUCCAGGCCAACAAUCAUGACUCCCUCAGAGUUUUGAUGCUGCAUGAAAUGGGAAACCUACAUUUCUACAGCGGUAACACAAGGGCUGCACACUCAUUCUGGAGUAAAGCUGUAGAUUGUGCCUUACAGAGCACAGGUGCUGUAGAGAAAUGGGAUGGUGUGUUGUUUGGAAGUGGCUCCCUGCAACAAACCCUGAAACAGGCUGGCAUUUGGGCAUGUCUACAGGCUGCUGGGCUCACUGCUAAGAUUGCACAGUAUAUUUUAACGUCUGAUAUCAGACAGCGGACUAAGUAUUGUCUCAUCUCUGCUCACCUGUUUAAGUGUGUGCUGUGCUGCUCCCUGGCUCAACCCCAAGUCGACCUCCAUUAUGCCUCCCACAGCAUCAGAGAUGAACUGCUCCCUGGAGUUGACCUUUUCUCUGAACCUCACAGGGUUCACCUUGGUACCACUGUAACCAGCCUUAAUUUCCUCUGCCACUGGCUUUUCACCACAGGAUACUACAUCACGCUACUGCCCAUACUAGCUCUUUACCUACAUUUUGUGGGGACUGUGUGCAGAGAUGUGCAACGCACUGUUGAGGGCAAAAUACUUAAGAUACGUGCCCUUACUGAACUCUGUCUGUUCACUGAAGCUGCAAAAGAGACAGUUAAGCUCACACAAGGAAUAGGUGUCCUUCUGCCUUAUGGACACUACAUUGCCAAAGACGAUCACCAGGCUUUGGAAGAACUUAUGAACUGUGACUUUGCUCCAACGGUCCGAACGUUGUAUGGAUCCACAUUGUGCCUCCGAUUGAACCUGGCUCGCGUUCAACUAGUCCUGGCACUCAGUAACACCGUACAUGGCCCUCCUGUGCCAGAUUCUGUUGAAGGAGAAGCUUCUGCCAGCAUAACAGGUUGUUUGGUGAACUCAAAACACCAUGAACAGGACAGAUCAGAUACUGAGAGCUCCUAUCUAAAGAUGGAAGAGCCAAAGGUGCUGGAUCUUGAUACACAGAAUCUGACUCUAGAAAGGAUUAAGUUCCUUUUGUUGAAAGGAGCGUCCUCCUUGUUGCACUCCAUUUCACAGCAGCUCAUAUCUCAGUGCUUUAGCAAAAUGGAGAACCUGGAACUGGCAAUAGAGUCUAAUCUUCUAAAGGCCAACCUCUGCCUGCAGCAAGGACAUACUGCAAUUAGUUCAGAAAUGGCAGUUUCAUCUUUGGUGCUGCUGCAGACGUCACCUGUAAUCAUGAGAGGAUUACCUGGCUCUCAGAAACCUGUGUCUGAGCUCCCACAUCCCAGGACUGGAAGUGAAUGGGGUACAAAAGACCCCCUACAUGGAGACUGUCCCAGAGCAGUUGAGGCAAGUGAGAGAAUUGGAGUUUUUCUGUGGCUACGUUGCCGCCUGGCUCUGGUCCACAGCCUGGCUGCACACAUCCGUGGCACCGCUGCCCUUUCUCCAGGUAAGAACAUUAAUGAAGAGGCAGCUAAGGUCUUACAGGAGGGUCUUGAUGAAUGUGUGCUAUGGGGAGAGCUUGAUAUUCAAGCCCUUUUGAUGGUCGAAGCUGCAGAAUUGGAAGCACAGAGAGGCAAGAGGGAUGACAGCAUGGCAAUGCUACAGAUCGAGAUAUGA